AUGGCGGUGCAAGCUAAGAGAAAGGCAAAUACCAUCGAUUGUUUGUCCACCAAAAGAAGAAGAACAGUGCUUGAUUCAUCAACAUCAAGCCUUGUUGAUCAAGUUCCUAGUGAUGUCCUGAGGUCUAUGAUCUUCAACAGGCUUACUUUCAUUGAUCUGGUUCAAGCGAAAGCUGUUUGUUCCUCUUGGAACUUGCUUGGAGAAGAGUUUGUUUCCAGGAUGCCCUGGCUGAUGCUUCCUUCGAAGGAAGAAGUUGAAGAAGAAGAUGGUCUUGAUGUUAACAACAAUGGCUACAGUGGGUUAUUGAAUCUUGGAGAAAGUCAGGUUUAUAGCCUGAAAACGAUACCAAAGGAGUUCAGAGAAAGUUGCUGCAUUGGAUCAUCACAUGGGUGGCUAGUUUUCUUGGAGGAAAAGGCUGUGCCGUUUCUGUUCAACCCUUUCAGGCAAGUGAAAAUACAACUUCCUUCAGUUGAUCAUCUGCUAGGUUUACUGAAGAUGGAAAGAAACAUGGAUGGCGAAUACGAACUCCAAUAUUUCAAUGGUUAUGAGGAUGCUAGGUUAAAGCAACAACUACGAGAAUGCUAUAUUCGGAAAGCAAUCCUGACAGGAGAACCUGAUUGCAACAAUAAAAACUAUGGUCUGAUUCUGUUGUGCAAGAGAGGGAAAGAAAUUGCAUAUUAUGAAAGUGGAGGCAAUUACUGGACUGUACUUGACGUUAGCCAUCCACCCUACCAAGAUAUCAUAUUCCAUGAAAACCAUCUCUAUGCAAUGAGCGAGGAUCAUAGUAUUGGAGUAUGGGUUGUUCAAGGUGGUUGUGCGAGGAAAAAGUACAUUGGGGAGUUUGUGGAUUGGGAUGGGACACUGGUUCGUGAAGAAGAUAGGUUAACUGAUUACUGCACACAGCCUAAGAUGGAAUCUUUGGGGGAUCGAGCUUUGUUCUUGGGUGGAAAUCAGUCUGUUUCAGUCUCAGCUCAAUCUUUUUCCAACUGUGAAAGGAACUCAAUUUAUUUCACGGAUGAUUAUUGGGAAAAAAUGGAAGAAGAUUACUUGUAUGGAGGUCAUGACUAUGGCAUAUACAACUUGAAAGAUGAAAGUGUGAAGCCAAUUUAUGAAUUUUCUUCAGACAAGAUUCAGCCACCACCCUGUUGGAUCAUCCCCCAAGCCAUGCUAGAAGCCUAA